AUGUCAUCUGUAUUCAUAUCGUUCUGCUUUAUUAAAACAGUUACAGGAAACGACAAAUACGUAACAGGGAGUGCCUUGUAUCGGAUGAAAGGUGAUGAAGAUAAAUUUAGAGAAAUUAUCUACAAAGGAUUCACCGGAACUUCUGAAACACUAAUUAUGGAUUUCGAAAAGGAUUCCAUUGUACUUGUAAUUGGAAGAUACGUUUAUGAAGAAAAUGUUGAAUAUGUUACGUUAAUUCAAACUGUGCCUAUCUCUUACUCCUCGGAUGAUUCCACAAAUACACAAGAAGAUCUUUAUUCUGCUCCCGCCUUAACUAAUUCUUAUAAAUCUAAUGAUGAAAUUGGAAGACAUAAUAAUCUCAAAAAGACCAUAAUGUCUGUAAUCGGAAGAUUCAAGAUUGGUUCACAAAAAAGAUCACCUCAUAUAAUGGCCUCAGAUAUUGAAUGGAACUAUGCAGGUAAUAUUGGUGAAUCGCAAUCUCAACACUCCUCAAACAAAGGAAAAACAAAAUCUCACGAGGAUUUAGAUAACCAACUUGAUAUCAUCGAUGAGAAAUAUGCAAAAAUGAAUUCUGAAUCUUUAAAAAAAGAAAAUUAA